AUGACACCAGAGGGAAUGGUGAACCUGACCGCGGUGGUAUCGAUAUCAUUCGCCUUCCUGGAGCAUCAAGAGCUCACGGAACAAGAAGCCAGGGUGCUUCAAUUUGAUCAGAUGAUCACCAGUGCCCGGUCAGUACUGCGCCGGUGCGGACGACCACCCUUUUUGCGCUCCCUGUGGACGCUUUGGUGGCAGCUUUCGCAAGCACUCCAUUCUAUGGAGCAGGUGCUCUGGCCUGGCCAGCCACCGGACACUCCAUUGAACCUGGACCUCCCGGUCGAGCCCCGUCCACUUUCGGACUUGCUGCUCGAUGAGUUCGACAAUGCGGCACCUACACGAGCCCUCGAGGCCUUCCAGCUGUGGUUUCACCAACACUACGAUGCUACCUUGCACAGCGAACUGGAUCAGACGUUGAGCGAUGCCGCCUUGAUCUUUCGCACGAUCGAAGGCAUGCUGAUGCUCAAACAGCGAUGCAGGACCCUGCAGCUGGCGUCUGCAGCAACGUCCUCACCACCUUCGACCGAUGCUCCAGCGGCGGCCUCUUCUCCAGCCGCAUUUCCGAUCAACCUUCGGAAUCCAGACGGUGGUGAACACCUUACCUGGUGCGACAACGAACCAUCCACUUUGGCGCUUCUGGAUGCUCAAACAGUUCAACAAACCCCAGAUGAAGCAGCCUCGGAGCCACCGACACCAUUUGUGCCAGUCCCAUCACUUGGAUUGGGCAGCGGGUUGUCCACACCUCUGCGAAGUGAUGCACAGGGCCUAUCAACACAUGAAAUCGCAGUGGCUCACAUGGCGGCGCCACCUCCAAAUGCUGCUUUGGCAGCACCAGCUUCCCCAAGAGGUCCAGGAGUUUUGCGUGAUGUAAAGCCUGGCAUGUCCAACGUUGAAGUUGCCGAACCUGGAAGUCCUUCCAAGAAAGCUCGUGUCAGUAAGAUGUCUGACAUGGAGUAUGAGCAUGAGGAUGACCAGAACCUCACCACGCUUUCAGAUGCGGAUGUUGAUCAGCUGGAGCUCUACGACCACGAGCUUCAAGACAAAUGGGAAGAUUGGGACUUAGGCGACUCGGAGUUGGACGGUCUCAUGCCGCAGCUUAUUUUCCCAUUCUCGCAACAUGAGCCUGUGCUUUCCCCUGCACAUAUGGCAGAGAUCGACUCCAUUGCUGAGCAGGAGACUCUUCGGCUUGUUCGAAUGGGUGUUUUGCUUCCCAUCGAUUCCACUGACCCAUCCAAGACCAAGAAGCUUUCCGCGCGUUUGUCAUUACAUGUCAUUACAUGGAGGUCCAAGACAAUGGACGGCAGAGCAUGUUGGCUCAGGAGAGCACGUUUUGUGGCAAGGGAAUACAGCUGGUUAACUCCAGAUCGGCGAGAUUUGUUUUCUCCCGCUUCCAGUAGCUGCACGAGUAAACUCCUUCCUUCCUUGUAUUUGUAUUUGCUGAACAAGCAUCCACAACAGAAUUUUGUUCUGGCUUCCAUGGACAUUGGCGAUGCCUUCCUUUGCGUCGACCAAGUUGAUCCAGUGAUUGUAACUUGUGAAGGCCUCAGCUAUGCACUUGGGAAGGUGCUACCUGGUCAGAGAGAUGGCAGCCAGCUUUGGUAUGAACACGUGCACAAAACUUCCGUGCAGGUGAUGUCAUCCGUGGGUGAUUCCAUCGAAUUCCUCAAAAGGACUCAUGUGCUUGUUGAACCAGGCACGAUCCACAUCCAGCGCAACUCACGUCACUUUGACAAGUUGUUUGAAAUCACAGGUGUGAAGGUCUCUAUGCACGCCAAGAAGACACCGUGUCAUGACUUGAUGAAUGAGCCAGACAAAACCAAUGAACUGGAUCCUGCAAAGGCAUCCUUGUACCGAAGUGCAAUUGGAGUUCUGAUGUAUUUGUCGUCAGACUUGAUUGAGU